GGCACCUGUACAACUGCAGUGAGGAUAGAGAGACAUUAGCUUGUGAAGCGUGGAGCCAAAAAAAAAAAAAAAAAAAAAACCUUAGUAGUACUGAAUGACAGUAAGCAACAAGAAGGACAGAAGGGUGAGUAAAUCUGGAACCACAGGAUUAGAGGAAUUUCAAAAGGACCCAUUUAUUUGUUGUAGCCUUAAUAAAAAGCACCCAAUUUGCUUUUUAUCUUAAGCAUCUAAUACCAAAGUGUAGUUAUCUGCUCAAAAUGGCUACCAAUGGAAUAAGCAAAUCUUUAAAGCUCCAAUUUGGGCUCAUCAAUUACGAGAACCGCUACCUCACAGCUGAGACUUUUGGCUUCAAGGUAAAUGCAUCUGGCACGAGUAUGAAGAGAAAACAACUCUGGAGCCUGGAGCAGGAUGACCAGGAUGGUCAGGUGGUUUUCCUUCGCAGUCACCUUGGCCGUUACCUGUCCACAGGUAAAGACGGCAAAGUGAAUUGUGCAGCUGAGGUUCCAGACUCUGACUGUCGCUUUCUGAUUGUAGCUCAGUCUGAUGGCCGCUGGGCCUUGCAGUCCGAGCCUUAUCUGCGAUACUUUGGAGGCACAGAAGAUUUCCUAACCUGCUUUGCCCAGACCAUAGGAGAAACUGAGUUGUGGGCUGUCCACUUGGCCCUCCACCCACAGGUUAACCUUCUGAGCGUAGCCCGCAAACGCUAUGCACACUUGUCUGAUUCAAAGAGUGAGAUUUCUUUUGACAGUGAUAUCCCAUGGGGAGUGGACUCCCUGAUUACCCUGGUCUUCAAGGAAGGAAAGUACAGUGUGAAAACCUGUGACAACCGCUUUCUCACUAGCAAUGGAAAGCUGGUAAAUGAUUAUGGUCCUGAAACAGCUUUCACACUGGAUCUCAGGUCUGAUAAGCUGGCUUUCAAAGAUAAUGAGGGAAAGUACCUAACCCCAAUGGGUCCUGCAGGCACCUUGAAGUCUGGGAGAUGUACAAAGCCAGGUAAAGAUGAGCUUUUUGAUCUGGAGGAAAGUCAUCCACAAGUGGUUCUCCAGGCAGCGAACAAACGAUACCUAUCUAUCCGUCAAGGUGUCAGCAUCUCAGCCAAUCAGGAUGAGGAAACAGAUCAGGAGACAUUUCAGAUGGAAAUUGACCAAAAGACUAAGAAAUGCAUGUUCAGAACUAAUUCAGGGAAUUAUUGGACACUCGUCAUUCAUGCAGGCAUCCAUACUACAGCCACAGAAAUUGAGCCCAACACAAUGUUCGACAUUGAAUGGCUUGGGGGAAGAGUGGCUCUAAAAGCUAAUAAUGGAAAAUAUGUCUGCAACAGGAAAAAUGGACAGCUUGCUGCAGUCAGUGAUACAGUGGGCAGUGAUGAGCAGUUCUUAUUGAAGCUGAUCAACCGUCCAAUCUUAAUCUUGCGAGGGGUGAACGGCUUUGUUUGUCACCACAAGAGCUCCAAUACACUGAACGUCAACCGCUCUGUUUAUGACAUCUUCUCAUUGCUCUACAGCGAUGGUGCAUAUCAUAUAAAAUGUGGAAGUGGAAAGUUCUGGUACGUCACUAGCAGUGACCUGGUGUGUGCAGAUGGUGAAGAGCCAGAGAACUUCUUUCUGGAGUUUGUGGAGCAUGGACAAAUGGCCAUCAAGAGCAAAAACAGCAAAUACCUGCGUGCUGACCAAGGAGGCACUCUCAAGUGUGACGUCACUACUAUGGACAGCUGCUGUCUCUGGGAAUACUAAGCCUUUUAACGGCGCUUCACUAAUGCGCCAAGGAGUAGCAGCAACAGAGCCACACAGACCGAUGAAUAAGUAAAAGUCUUGUAUCAGUUGCUAUAAAUGGCUGACUUAUUUUAUGAAUUUUUUUUAUCUCUUAAAUAUAGUCAGGUCAAGUCCGCAGCGCUAUCAUUAUCUUUGUAUUUUUGAUUAUUAUACAUUGUUAUUGGUUAGCUUAAUUAGCACCAUAAGUAGUUCCUGAUACUGUUAUAUUAUUUUCGGUAUUUCCACUUCACAUUAACCUUUUAUAUAUAAAAAAUACUCAAAAGGUAGUAUGACGCUCUUAGAGUUCUGUUGGUGUGUCCUCUCACUAAGGCCUCAGAAAGUUCUUGCAAUCCUUUUUAUUUGACCCUUCACUGCUUCAAUCAUCAAAAGGUCCUUGUUUUGGGUGGCUGUGAUUAUUUAUUGAACUAGUAGUCCACAUGGUAACAAGUUGGACCUAUUAUGAAUUUAAAUUUUUGCCUCUGCUUCAUUAAAAUACUAAUUUCAUUUAAUUGAUCCUUCACUGUUUCUUUCUUAUGAUGAAGGCCAAGUGAGGUUAAUUUCAGUUGAGAUUAAGAGAACAACUGACAUACUUCACAUUGAGUAUGCCAUUUAAGGGGAAGAAAUUAUGAUAGCUGUACAACCCAGUGUCACAGCCUGUGAUAUAUCACAGUUUAACAAGCUAAAUAAACAAACCUGUAAUAAAUAACCAAAUAUAUAAACCUGUCCAAUGGGUGUAGGAAGACACCGGGUAAAAUGAUUUCCAGCCUUGCAGACGACUGUUUACCACAGAAACACUGGCAAUGGAAAGAUUUUUCACCUCAUCUUUGCCAGUGCUGCUAGACUAAACUUCGAAGAUGUGUUCAGAAUUGUUGAGAAACACUCAGCAAUGAAGGAUUAGGUAAGGUACGACAAGUAGGAUAAGAUAACAUGAACUGAUGUUAGU